UAAGCUGUUCCUCCCAAAUAGCUACCCAGUAAAAGGAAGCCACUGAGACUCUCCCAUCAAAUACUGGGAGUUGAUGAAGUGGAUAAUUUAAGAAGAAUUAAAAUCAAAGGACCCUAUCAGGAACAACAUGUUUGUGAGCAGGGCACAGGGCGUCCUACUGCUGGCUGGCUACAUGACUUACAUGGUGAUGGGUGCCUUCGUCUUCGAGCUUCUGGAGAACGAUCACCACAAAAGAAUAGAAGAAGCAAUUUUUCACAUGAAAGAGGAAUUUUUUUCGAACUACACCGCUCUCAGCCCAGACGAGGUGGAGGUAUUCAUACAGAGACUGGUAAGAGCUGUUCACAUGGGAAUAGAUCCAGUUGGAACCCAUCCUCAUGACAAACAGAGGAGCAGCUGGGAUUUCACUAAUUCUUUCUUCUUCGUGGGCACUAUGUUAGCCACAAUAGGCUAUGGAAACCUCUGUCCCCAAACAAAAGAAGGUCAGAUCUUUUGUGUCAUUUUUGCUCUCUUUGGAAUCCCCUUCUGCCUCCUCUGCUUGAACUAUAUUGGCUUUUUAGUCUCAGGAGUCUUCGAAAGCUGUGCAGAGAAAGUGCAUGGGAAAGAAAACAAGAAUUCAGCAAGAUAUUUUAUCUUGUUCGUGGCUAUGGGAAUUAUAGUGUUUCUUAUUUUGCCAUCAUUCCUCUUUCAACGGGUGGAGGAUUGGAGUUAUUAUGAAGCUAUCUAUUUUACAUUUAUUACACUCAGCACCAUUGGUUUUGGAGACUAUCUAAUUGGGAAGAAGCAGGACAGAACCUAUUUUCCGGGCUACCGGCUGCUCUCAGCCAUUUGGAUCAUCAUUGGUCUGGCCUGGAUAGCUGUGCUGUUUGAACUGGUAUCUUCAUUCCUGGCACCUGUGGAUCCAAAACCAAGCUCACAAAAAAGCAGCAGAGGGUAAAAAUAACACCGCCCCAAAGGAGUCAGUCUGCUACAUGUCCACUGGAGAAGAAUUUAUCAUUUCAUUCAGGUGGAGACUGACAUAAAAAUCAGUUGUCCUCAAGGAUUUC